CGCGAAGGGGCACUCCGUUCCAAUAUAGAAGCGCUCUGGCGGCGUUCUUACCGCGCCCUUCUGCGACGCGUCCGAGCCGUGCAGAAGAACCCAGCUCGCUACCGACAUCAAUUAAAUAAAUAAAUCUGCCGCGACUUCCAGGCCAGUCACCCCCCCCCCCCCACAAUCAUUAAAAAAAAAUUACUCCCACCCCGCCAGCUACCUACCCGACUUAACUCGAGCGCAGGCGAAUGUUUUAAUUAAGCCAUUCAUUGCGAAGCCGUCCGUCUCGUCGAACGCGCGUGCGGCCAAAGUGAGAGCUCGCGGGUCUCGGUAGGAGGAGCGCAUAUUGACCGUGGCACUCACGCGCGCGCGAGUCCGCACCGAACGAGCGGCCACCUAAAUCCGGGGCGUUGGGCUCGACGACUUCGCUUGCUGCGCCACGGCACCCCCCCCCCCACCACCUGCGAUCUCCCCCGGGUCGGGUUUAAAGCUCCGCGGCGAUGGUCAAAUGGGCGUCUCUGGCCGUGCUUCAGUACGCGAUGCUGUGCGCCCUGCUGCCGCAGUGUCCAGCGCAGAAAGCGGGGCUCAGGUUCCUGAUCGGGGACGGCGAGCGGGAGGCCGAGUGCCGCCUCGAGUGCACGGCGCAGGCGUUGGCUCGCCGCGCCCUCUGCGGCUCCGACGGACGCACCUACGACAGCCGCUGCGACUUCCAGCGCGCCAAGUGCCGCGAGGGGACACUCGAGGUGGCGCACCGGGGCCGGUGCAAAGAAGUUUCACGAUGCCAGGUGGAGCGGACGCACAACCAGCAGCAGGCGCGCAAGCCGCAGGAGGGCGUCUUCGUGCCCGAGUGCAACGAGGACGGCACCUACGCACAGGUGCAGUGCCACAGUUUCACGGGCUACUGCUGGUGCGUUACGCCGGACGGCAGGCCCGUGGGUGGCUCGUCGGUCAAGAACAAGCUGCCCAAGUGCACAGGCCCAAGCGGGGAGAAGCCGCCGCGGUCCGACCGAAAUCCCAGCCGAAAAGUCUCCUUUCAAUUCUUCCUGUUUCUGAACGCAGACGACGGCUCCAAACCCACGCCCACGCAGGAGCCACAUUUCGGCGAUGACGACGACAUAAUAAACGCUCCCACCUUGUGGAGCAAGCAGCUGUCGAGUGCACGCGACGGACGGUCCAACGGAUCCUCUUCCAGGCAUCCCGACAAGUCGCGCUCGUGCGAGGAGGAGCGGCAGUCGGUGCUGGAGGAGGACAGGCAGCACCCGCGUGAGGGUGCGUUCGUGCCUGAGUGCGCCGGUGGUGGGGGGCUCUACCAGCCCGUGCAGUGCUACCAGACGACGGGAUACUGUUGGUGCGUGCUCGUCGACACGGGGCGGCCCAUCCCGGGAUCCUCCACCAGCAGGUAUCAAACCCCAAAGUGCGAGCCCAACGCGAGGUCAAGAGGUGCCGUGCAAGAGGAUCCUUACGACAAGAGGGACCUCGCAGGGUGUCCCGGUGGGAAGAAAGCGCAGUUCAUCACGUCCUUGCUGGACGCGCUCAUCACCGACAUGGUCAAAGCCGUCAAGACGGCGGAAUCCUCCCCGGGGAUGAAGAUGGAGGAGCCCGACCCGAGCCAGACGCUGGAGGAGCGCGCGGUCCGCUGGUUCUUCACGCAGCUCGAUCGCAGCGGGCGCGGCGCCGUGGGCCGCAAGGAGAUGAGGCCCCUACGCCGCUUCCUCAAGAGAAGGCCCAAGCCGCAGCGGUGCGGCCGCAAGUUCAUGGAGUAUUGCGACCUCAACGGCAACAAGGCGCUGUCGCUGCCCGAGCUCAAGGGAUGCCUGGGGGUCGGCCGAGAGCAGAAAGGUGCUGGCGGCAAUCAAGCGCAGCGUAAAAGCAGGCCAUCAGGAGUGAGGCAAAAUCAGAGGAAGAGAGAUUAGCCGGGUCGACUACCAUGCAGGCCGAGGGCUGACGUCGCGGGAGGCUGUGAAAAAACAAGAAAAGGGAGGAAAAAAAGUCGGAAGGAUUUUUUUUUUGACAUUCGGAGCGUUGUAAGUGCACUUUCGAGCAAGCGAGAGCGGUGAUUAUUAACACGCAUUAACCACCAGCGCCUAGAGACCACCAUUGUCCAGCUUCCUAACAACAGACGAUAAGUAAAUUAUAUUUUAUUAAUCCGCAUAAACGAGCGUCGGUAAUUUGUAACUCAGCGUGGCAGUGGUGGUCCUCGAGGGCUGAGGGUUUGUCGACUGAACGGAGGAAGGGGGAGCGUGAACGUCGCUCCCCCGGUACGACGAGCUGCCGUUUUGUUGUUGUUGUCGUUCCUUAAAAAAAAAAACAGGGUCUCAACAUCGAUCCGUAAAACUGACGAAAAGCGUCUCGGUUUUGUUUACGCGACGUUUUCCCGCCCGCGACGCGCGCGUCGAGAAUGGGCGACGCAGAGCGGGACACGAAGCCCGGGACCGCCACGUGGCCACGUGGCCACGCGACAAUCUUGUGCCGCCCGUGUGACUCGCGUUGUCGCCAACGGGUUCCCCGGCGUGCUUCGCUCUGCCGCCUCUUGGGACGGUCACUUUUUCGACGGCCACGUGUUCAAGCUCUUUGGAGCUGGUGGUUUGGGCAAGGUUGGGGGCACUGGGGUGGUCGCGUGACGUGCACGCACGACAUGAUGGGCGUCCGUGCCUUCAUGCCGUUCGUGAGCAGCAUACCUUUGUGCAAGAGUUUUCUUAUUGUGGAUUAAAAAAAAAAUAUUUUGCGGAAAGUGUUGGAUACAAUUGCCGUCUCUCUCUCUCUCUCCCUCCCUUUCACUCUUGAUCUUGCGGUUUCAAAACCGUAAUCACCAAGUGUUUUUUUUCUGCACCUGGCUGCAGGAUUGCAUUUCUAUGGAACGCAUCUGGUGGUUGUGUUACCCCGUGUGCGCAUACGGUUCUGCGUACGAGAAUUAAAUGUUGUCAGCGGGGCAGUGGCAGCGUCACAGUUAGCGAGACGCGCCACGAAUCCUGGCGACUCUGGCCACGGUUCACAUGUUCGGCGAUUCUAUGAACCAGUCCCUCUGCUCAAAUCGGCUUCAAAUGCAUACCGAUCGCGGUCUGUAAACACUUGGGGAUCAAUAUGCGUGGUGCUGGCCACACCACCACCACCACCCGCUGGGGUGUGCCGUCCCGGCCUUCGUAAGCGCUCGCUCACAGGGCAUGCUCCCAACAGCCUGUUAAAGAUUAUCGGUGGACAUUUGUCUUCUUUGUGUGCAAACAAGAGAAAUUUCAGUUGGGUUAAGAGAGAGAGAGACGGAUAAUUUUGAAACUCCCAAGUGGCAACCCCAAUCACCGCUGUUGUAUCCCCUGUGCCAAGUUCUGCCGAUGACGAUGCUUUGUGCGCGGAAUGCGUCCACGAGUGGAAGAUUGGCCUCUGCGUUCCACACACAGAGUGUAUUUGCGACUCCAGUUACAGAAGAGACUGGAAAAAAGACAAAAAAGAAGAGAAUAGCUUGUCGUUAAACUGCUAAAUAAUUAGAUUUGUUUGCAGUUAUUUGUUUAUAUUGCCGUGAUCUAGAAACUAGAUUAGUUUUUUUUAUUAGCCAGGGACUUGCUACAGGUUCUAGAUGACCGUAGGGAACAGGACAAGUAUUUGUACAUUCUGCAGUGUUUCGCUAACUUAAUUCCUCCGCGGAGCACGGCACUUUGGGGGGAGUACAAGCCCCAUCUAAAAAGAAACCCAACAGGAACUCGUACACACUCCGCAUAAGAAGCAACGUCAGGACUCGUGAACAAGAUACCGAUAGCAUUCACGUCAAAAGUAAGCGUUGCCUGUAGGGAUUUUUCUUUCGUUGUAUGUUUUCAUUCGUUUUUGUCACGCAAAUUUCAGUGGUGGAUCCCGACGGCUUGGGGGAAGGAGGCGUCCAGGGGGUUAUUAACCCUUUCCCAUUCCGUCAUCGGAACGGAGUGGGAAGAAAAAAAAAGCUCUAAUUAAAUAACUUUAUUGGUGCCGAGGCUCCCACAAGGCCGUGUGCGGGAGGGCGUGUGGCACACUUUGGCGCCGGCUAUCAAAGUGUAUGGUCGUGUCCGCUCCGGUUCUCUGCGGCGAGGACGUCGUCUUUAAAAACAACGGCGCGAUGCUUCUCUAAAUAAAAUUAUCGCCGAGCCACUCACGCGUUCCGAGAUUGGGCGGCGAACGGGACACCCGCAUCCUGCAACAUUCAGCCGUCUCCGUACGGGAGAGGGAUACACCAGGCUAGGGACCCACUUUUGAACCCUGUAAAAAAAGGUGGCUGUGAAAUUGGCCAGCGAAGCCAUCGCCAACAGAAGGGCUAUUUUCUGACCCGUCUCUCCCUGCCCACAAACUUGCUUUUACCCCGCACCUGAGACUCGUGAAGGCGUGAAAAAUUAUCACCAAAAAUAAAAAAGGGGCUUGGAAGUUUACUCGAAUAGUUGAAUAUCCUCGCGUUGGUCUAUUGCAAUUCUGCACGUCCCCUGUGAGACGUAGAUCUGUGUAGCAGCAUUACAAACAAUUAUCUCGGCACUUAAAAACAAAUCAUGCAGCUGGCAGAGGUUUCUUUAUAAAUCAAAACGUGGAACGCACCAGACUUCACUUUGUUUUCAACGUUAGCUACCGCAACCCACGAUCGUGCAUCGGUGUUGAGCUUACGUGCACAUGAAAAACGUGGACGACGACACGAUCCCAAUUCAACAUUGCAGCGCAUCAUGGCCACGGAUAUGGCUCCAUCCGGAGGGAGCUACCAACCCCGUUCUGGGGCUUGGAGGUUUUGCUUUCUGCUUUGCACGGUUGUUGGCAGCUGCCGAGCAUCGAUUCAUUCAAUCAAACAACCGGUGGUGUAAUUCUUCAGUCUGGUCGAUUAACACACUUGCCCUCUCGGAAAUAAACACAAUCAACCCUG